CAAUGGCGGAGGCUGGGUGAGGAGGAGAGAGUGUGUGUGAAGCGGCGCCGUAAUCGUUAGAGCUACAUUGCCCUUAUUGCGUGCACGGUGCCCGAAAAUGGCCCUGAACCCCAGCGCAGUGGGGAAAAGGGACUCAGAAUGUACCAAGACGGACGAUUCCUUGCCGGACGGUGGCGAACCCACGAAGAAUUCAUCCGCCACCUCGGCCACAGCCAACCAAAAUGGCGAUCAGCCUGGAUGUGGAGACAGUGUAAUGCCCGAACAAGAAGCCCCUGAGCGGCGGAGAAGCGUCCAGGCGGACGCCCGGAGCUUUAGCAGUUCUCCCUUGCCAGGCCAGAGACCGAGUGAGGAGCUGCCACGGAGAAAUUUUCAGAUUCCGAGGAAGAUACGAGAACGGAAAGGUUUGUACCAGUUUCUGCCACCUGACAGCCGGGAGUUUGAAGACCUUGUGAAGCUCAUAUCUUCAUUUUACCUCGAUGCAUCGUCUCGAGGGACCUUCUCCUACUGCAAAGCUAGGCUCAUUCACAAUGAGCUUCUGGAGAAAGAGUUCAUUGAGAAACGACGAGAGAUGAAGCAGGAGGGGCGGACAGACCAAGAACUGACAGAGUCUUACUGCUUCCUCUAUCCAGACAAAACCAAGCUCCUGUGGAUCUGUGAGAAGGGCCUGACAGUCGGGCACUCGAGGAUCAUGACUCUUGGAAGUCCAUCAGUCGGUGUUUAUCUCUCCAAAUACUCAGAUUUGUUACAAAUCAAUCCCUUGGAUGUUGGCUGUGUCGGAGACAUAAUUGUUUUUAAAGUUAUGCGGGGCCGAAUAAAGCACAUCCAUGAGAACAUGCCUAAGAACACUAUUGAACCUACACCCAAGUUUGACUGUCACCUGUCCAGAAGUGCCAACAGGGUGACAUCACUGCUGUCUUACAGAGCUUUUGAGCUCACACAGCAAUAUUUCUUUGAGUUUGCAUUUGAAGAGAUCAAGGCACGGCCACGGCAAGUCUGUCCCUAUGCCGUCGUUUCCUUUCAGUACAAAGGCAAAGAAGCUGCAGCGGCCCCAAUGACUGCACACAGGUUCAACACAAUUUCCCAUGAAGGAAGUAGAGGGAAAGGCUGCUACACUGUGUGGAGUGGUCCACUGGUAAACAAGGGCCGGGAGUUAUUUCCCAUCUGUUUACGAUCCUCCUCGCGCCCCUACCUUCCUUUCAAACUGCCUGAGAAACUGGAGGUGAGUCGAGGUAUGCAGCUGGAUCAGGUGAAGCGAAAGAUUCACCCGGUGCUCUUUUCUUGGGACACCUACAGCACAUCACGGGAAGUGAUGAAGUGUGGGAUGUCCUGCAGCCUGUUUGAGGUGGUGGAUGGGAAAGGCAAAGCAACCAGCGGUAGCUUGGCAGCACUGGUCCACAAACUGGAGAGGGACAGGAUGGUGCUGGUUAAGUCCUUGCAUGACAAAGGCUUUCUCUUCCUGCUGUCCUCAGCUCAGAUGAUUGAGUCCAAAGAGCGGUGGGGGCGAGUGGAGAAGAACCUGCAAGCAUUAUUCAUCUUUCAGGAGUCAAGGAUGGUUGUCAAGUACUCAUCCAGACUGAUGGAGCCUGAGCCACUGUCUGUGGAGCCCCAGCCUGCUAUCCUGACCUCCGUGGAGCCCUUCAUCCCUGCUCUGCACUACGCCCUUUACAAAUUACGUCCCAACCCAGGCAAGGACAUGAGCACUGGGGUGGAGCGGCAGGUCACAGACUACCUUACUCGAAUAGAUUCAGGCACGGUGCGGCCGUUCAUGCUUCCGGACUACAAACAUACCGUAGAGGAAAGGACCAAUCCAGUGCCCCGACCCAAAUUUAACAUGGACUCCGUGCUGCGUACGUACGUUCACAACCCUGCCAAUUACAUUUUACCCCUGAACAAGGCGAAGGAUAUCAUCGAAAAAAUCCGGAACCCCACACCUGUACCCACACCUACUCCUGCCCCAGUGGAAUACAGCCCUGUUUCUGACUGGGGUGGCUCAGACAGGGGCUCGGACAGGGCAGAAAAAGUCACAGAAAGGCUCCCCCAAGAGAAGCCACCUUUAGAAAGACCACCUCAGGAGAGGCUAGCACAGGAAAAGCCUCGAAGGUCAGGGCUGGCACACUCAAAUGGGGCCCAGCAGCACAAGACUCACGUCGAUUCUGAGCCUCAGCAGGCUCAGAGGCUGCGACCGUCACAGAGUGAGUACGAUAAAGACAAGAUGAAGCAGCUGCUGAAGCUGAUCCAGCUCCAUAAGAAAGCACUUGUGAAGGAGCCUGGGAAGCAGGGGGGGGACGACAUGGCCUGGGAUGAAAACAGUCUAAAGAGGAAGUUGGAGGGAGAUGAGAGAAUGGGCUUGAACAAACGUCAGCGUGCAGAUGCACUUAGCAACGGGGAGCCGAGUCGAGGAGCCCAAGCAGACGAGAUGGGAGAGGAUGUAGGCCAGAGCGACAAUCUAACAGCAGUGAUGGAAAGCAUGGGCAUCUAUGACACAGACCUGAGGGCCCGAGGCAACGCCAACACCUCUACAGUCAACGAGACCCAGCGCCUUCUCAAGAUACUCCUGGCUACUCUCAACAAAGCCGUGGCUCAGGGUUCGAUUUCUGUGCCAUCCAACCAUGGCGAACAGUCGACAGGUUCAGGGAGGGUGGAUCACGACCCAAAUCCUCAGAAACAAAACGAGCCAGCAUUACUUACAAACUACACAGAGGUGGAUAUGGACUGUAGCCCUGGUAGUCCCCUUAGUCCAGGGUCCCCACCAGAGCAAGCCCACACCUCAAAUGACCCAACAUGGGUUAACCCAACCAAUGAAGAAAAAGCACAGCCUUUUCCUGAGCCAAAGCCGGAGCCUGAGCAAGAGGCCGUGACAGCAGCCAACAGCUUCCCAGAGCAGAAGACGCCUGCAGCCGUGGAAGUUAAAAAGGUGGCUGCUGCACCAACGUUACCUGUCCCAGAAGAAGUUAUCUUCAGGCCCUCUAUCAGCCUGGACACUAUACUUAGCCAGGAAAUGCACAGUCUUACCUCUGAUAUUAAAAACAUCAUGCAGGUGCACCGCAUCUGUUACACGUCAAAGCAACCAUCAAGGUUGCCUUCACGCAACUCCUGGCAGCCCAAUAUCUGCUUCUCAGACUUUGUUGUUCCCUACGUCUCCCCUGUCCCUAUUCAGGGGCAUGUCAAAGCACUGUGCGAUAAGAUGGACAAGUUGAUCCCAUCCCCACCUGCUCCCUCCAAGGUCGCUUCCCCACCUCCCCCAGUGACAACAUCUAAUCUUACAACGCCUCCCCCCACCCCAGUACAGACUCCGAAAGCUAAAGCUGAGCCCUCCCAGUCAAAGAGCACCACCUCCUCUACGAGCGGCAGAGUGCUCCCUGUCAAAGAGGCACUAUCAGUGAAGGUGAAAACAGAAGCCCAGUCCACAGAGUUGGGGGGAGAGGUCUAUUCUCCCUCUCACGUCACAGCAGACUCUCCAGAACAUAACUCCAAAAACUCGGGGGCUGCUUCUGGAAGCGGGUCAGGCCUGCUGGCUGGCAGCCUUAUCGGUCAGCUGAAGCCAGAGGUUUUCAGCAGCCUGGUGGAGAUCUUUAAGGACGUCACAAAGAACACAGUCAAGUUCUACAUCUACUCCGGAGAUGAAGGGGAGGAGAGCACUGUCUGCAAGGAGAUAAAGGAGUACUUGAAAAGCCUCGGCAACAGUGAGUGCAGCCCACAGGCGUUUCUGGAAAACAGCGGCAGUUUGGAUAAGCUCCUAAUCAUCAUUCAGAACGAGGACAUUGCUGCUCAUGUGCACAAGAUCCCAGCUCUGGUGUCUUUGAAGAAGUUGCCUUCAGUGAGCUUUGCUGGAGUGGACACUCUGGACGAUGUCAAGAACCACACUUAUAAUGAGCUGUUUGUGUCCGGAGGCUUCAUAGUGUCUGAUGAGUUCGUCCUCAACCCUGACCUUAUCACACAGGAUCGUUUGCAGGGACUGCUCAAGUUCUUGGAAGAGCAGAGCACCCCUGAACACCCCUGGCAGUGGAAGGUGCAUUGCAAGUCCCAAAAGAAACUUAAAGAACUGGGGAGGUUAAAUGCCAACGCUAUGGGCUUGCUGAACCUUCUCACAAUCUAUCAGAAAAAGCACCUUGUGGAGUUUCUCCCCUAUCACGAAUGUGACACCCAGUCACGCCAGGCGCCAGAUUUGGAGUGCCUGAUCAAGCUCCAAGCACAGCACACCCAGCAGCGGCACCUUAUCUUCCUCACAGAGAGGCCCUUUGAGAUGUUCCUACAAUAUUCCAGGAAUGGAAUAGUUAUUGGGAGCAUUGAUGACGUUAUGAGUGGCUUCCACAGCCUGAUUGGCUCCAUUAAUCAGAAUGAGCUUCCAACGCCGCCCUCUACUGUAGUGAAUGAUGAGUGUGUUGAAGAGGAGGACAUGUCAUUAGACUCUGAUGAUGGUGAGCCCUCCAACACAACAGGACCUUCAGAGCGAAAACAGGAGGUUAAGAAGGGGAACCCUCCACAGCCGCCACCGCCAGAGGCAGAUGAGUUUCGCCCUCCUCUCCCAGAGCAGGCCACUCCAGAGAGAACUCCCACGCUUUCUGACUACAGUGCUCUCAAAACAGCCAUCUCCCAGUUCAAAGCCUCAAACCAGAUGGGCUUCAGCUCCUCAGACAUUGGCAGCUUGUCCCCUGGAGGUUUUCCUGUGAAUCCUCAUCAGAGCUUCCUAUGUCCUUCAGCCUCCUGGUCAUCUUACACAGGUUCAUCUAGCUAUGCUGCCUCCCCUGCUUACCCUGCUUCACCCUGCAGCAGCACCCAGGAACAGGAAUACCGCACCCCCGCCUCCACAGCAGUCCCAACCCCACCCGUCGUGGCAACAGCAGGACCUCUAGCCAACCUGGCCUCUCUCCCCUUGGAGGUGAAACCUCCCCCUCCUCCUCACCUUAUGAUGCUGGGCCACGCAUAUGGCUCAGAUACAGGCGGAGCUGGGACUGCUGGGAGCUCUCCGCUCACCACCUCCCUCCCCUACACAGAACACAGUGACUCACCCCAGCCUGGCUACAUGGCUGCCAGUGCUAGUCGAACCCCCACGCUACAAGAGAGGACACUCAGUGAAGCUGGGGAGGGAGCAUGGAGGGCAGCAGGGACCAGCACUUGUGAGACUGCUAGCACCCAGGGUGUGGUCACAUCUGGCCCACUGGAACCCAGUGGACACUCUACAACAGCGGAAAUCCUCAGCGGUAACACCCCUGGUAGUCAGGGGUGCAGGACUCAGGUGAACUGCACUGACAACCUUGGACCUUCAGUAGGAGUUCCCCCAGUGGCCAGCAGAGGGGGCUCUGCAGUCAGACCUAAGCUGCCUCCACAUUUAGUGGGCUAUGGCAAUAUAGGUGGUUUCCACGGACAGAUGGAUUAUGGACCUAUGCGGGGUGGUAUGGGAUAUCGAGGGAGAGGAGCCCCACACCCAGGACUUUGGCCUCGGCCAGGACGAGGACAUGAUCGGGGGGGUGGGACUGGAGGUGGACCCUGCUCUUGGGGUCACCCAGCAGGCAGGGGUGGGGCUCGGGAUUACUACUCAGACUAUUCAUAUUCUCACACACACUAUGCUCCUGAAUAGACAAUCAACAGGAUCAAAGGGGCAUCAAACGCCAUACAAAAGACAGAGACUAUUCGAGCUGGCUGAAUGUACAUAUUUCCUUGUCAUAAAAACAUUGAUUUAAAUCAAUUAUUAAGGCUUCUGGUUUUCUACAUUAAUAAAAACUGAUACAGGCA